GGGGUGGGAGUCCGCGCGCUCCGAAGCGUCGGCGAGAAUAGCAGAAAACAGCCGCGCCCGCCAGCCCCUCCCCGUCGCUCCCCUCCCCGGGCUGUGCGCUGGACCCCGGCCCUCGGAGCCGGGACGCGUCCGGGAGCGCCGAGGGAGACGCCUGCGAGGAAGAGCUCGGCCGGGUCCGGAGGCCGCUGCCUGGGACCGCGCUCGCGGCGCCUGGGCCUCGGUGUCUCCGGGACAAACUGCCGACAUAAUCGCAUCUGCCGGCAUCUAUUUUCGGUUUAUUUCCCCCUCAUUCCAAAGGAUUUCCCUAGCCAACUUUCUGCGCAAGAUCCCACGCAAUUCCUGGGACCCCAGAAAACGGGUCCUGUUGAAGAACGGGGAUCUGGCACUGGGUGGGCUGGGGAGGAUCCCGCACGGUGUUAAAUCCAUAAACAGGAAGAGAAACCAAGCAGCGAAACCAAGAGGCGAAUGGGCGAUUGGAUGCCGGGUGGGGAGAAGGCCGGGGGCGCUCCCUGCCCCUGGACUCCAGUAAAGGGAGGCCGGGCAGAGUCCCUGGGGCGCCACCUCCCCCUCGGUUAGUAGCCCUGGAGGCCGGGGGGAGUUGGCCUCUGGGGAGCAGUGGGUGCUGGGGGCUUUGCAGGCAGGCUGGGGUGGGCGACCCAGGUGGAAGUGAAUUGCACUCGGCUUCCUGGUGGGCCUCUGUCACCCCCUUCCCAGGCGUUGAGAAAGCAGGCUGGCAAAGAAAAGGACCCUAGCGCAGGCCCCACACUCCUCCUCCUAACGGAGGAGAGACCCCCAAACCCACUGGAGAAGUGACGCUGUGGGGCUCAAAUGCAGACCUGGCACCUUUUUGUAGCCUGGAAAAACUGAUGCCCACUGCCUCCCGCCGGAGGAGAGGAUAGCUGAGAUGCACUCUCUUUGAAUCCAAACGUUCAGGAAGGUAAAGCGAAGAGGCCUAAGAGGGCGUUGGCUCUUGGUUAAGGGCUGCUCUUUCUCUUCCAUAACAUCCGUUCUUUUUUUUUUUUUUUUUUUUUUUUUUUGAGACGGAGUCUCGCUGUGUCUCCCAGGCUGGAGCACAGUGGCGCGAUCUCGGCUCACUACAACUUCCGCCUCCCAAAUUCAAGCUAUUCUCCUGCCUCAGCCUCCCGAGUAGCUGGGAUUACAGGUGCCCGCCACCAUGCCCAGCAAAUUUUUCUAUUUUUAGUAGAGAUGGGGUUUCACCAUGUUGACCAGGCAGGUCCUGACCUCCUGACCUCAGGUGAUCCGCCUGCCUCGGCCUCCCCGUGAGUCAUGGUGCCUGGCCAAGAACUGUUUCUUGUUGGCUCUGGUGAUGGUGACUUAGAACCCGCCAGCUCCUGGAGAAAGGGGCUGGGCCGCCCACCCUGUGUAGCUUUCCCAAAGACAGAGUCAAACGUCUCCUGGAGAACAGAGGCUUCCCUUCCUCUUUGGUCAUUUGUCCUCUAGCUGGGUGUACCCCCUGGUGGAAAGGCACAGGUCCCUUGCCCCCCAGGUGGCAACGCAGGCCAGACACGGCCCUGGCACAGCUCUCGCCCCAACAGCUCUCCUUGGAUGUUGGCUCAGGUCAGCCCUGUUUCCAACUGGUUAGGCGGUGAGGGGUGGGCGGCCCUUUGGCUCCAGGUUGAAACUGCACACGUGGUGCUGAUUUAGCAGAUUGGUGAGGCUCUUCUUGUAGGCAGGUUCUUUUCUUUCCCCAGCUGCUGGACCUGGGAGUUGGAAGAGAAGUUGCACCCAUUUUAGGGGUAACAGAUAUUUUCUGUUGCUCUUGGUUGGAUUGGGAAGUGAAUUGAAGGGAGGUCACGUUUCAGGGGUGCCUUGGGAUGUCUGUUGGUGAUUUUCUUAAUUUCUUUUUUUUUUUUUUUUUUGAGACACUCUCCCUCUGUCGCCCAGGCUGGAGUGCAGUUGUGCGAUCUCGGCUCACUGCCACCUCCGCCUCUCAUGUUCAAGCAAUUCUCCUGUCUCAGCCUCCCUCCCAAGUAGCUGGGAUUGCCAGUGUCCAUCACCACACCUGGCUUUUUUUUUGUAUUUUUAACAGAGACAGGCUUUCACCAUGUUAGCCAGGCUGGUUUUCAAACUCCUGAUCUCAAGUGAUCUGCCUCAGCCUCCCAAAGUGGUAGGAUUACAGGCAUGAGUCACCGCGCGGUGGGGGGGGGUUUUCUUAAAUCUGGUAAUGAGUUGUGGUUGUGUAGAGUAACAUACCGUCCUUUCCUUUCGAGAUAUGGACUGAAACAUUGAGAGAGAGGAGUUACAGGUAUGCCAAUUCUUCUCCUUUUCUCUUUUUUUUUUUUUUUUUUGAGGUGGAGUCUCACUCUCUCACCCAGGCUGGAGUGCAGCGGCAAGAUCUCAGCUCACUGCAACCUCCGCUUCCUGUGUUCAAGCCAUUCUCCUGCCUCAGCCUCUCAACUAGCUGCGAUUACAGGCAUGCGCCUCCACACUCAGCUAAUUUUUUUAUUUUUAGUAGAGAUGGGGGUUUUGCCACAUUGGCCAGGCUGGUCUCGAACUCCUGACCUCGUGAUCCGCCCACCUCGGCCUCCCAAAGUGCUGGGAUUACAGAUAUGAGCCACUGCGCCCAGUCUGCUGCCUCUUUUCGAUGGUCUGGCCUAAGGAAAUUAUUGGAAAAAUGUGCGGUUGAGUGAUAUUUACUGGGCACUUCCACAUGGUUCGUGUAAAGGGAGAUGGUUGGGGUGACAGGCAGUUGAGUCUGGGGGAGGCAUGUACAGAUGUGCUGUGCCUCUGGGAUAUCAGGGUGGCAGGCGGCAGUCUCUACGUCUGGUCCCAGGCUGCCUGAGAAAGAGUGUGUGGGAGGCAAACCUUGCGCCCUGGCAUGGUUGUUAGUGUUUAUAUUUACCCUAGCUUGUGUGGGGUAGGAGGUUUAGGGAUCAAAUUCCACUCUGUGUUUAGACUUUUUUUUUUUUUUUUUUUUUGAGACAGAGUUUCACUCUCACCCAGGCUGGAAUGCCGUGGCACAAUCUCAGCUCACUGCAACCUCACCUCCCAGGUUCAAGCAAUGCUCCUGCCUCAGCCUCCUGAGUAGCUGGGAUUACAGGCAUGCACCACCAUGCCUGGCUAAUUUUUGUAUUUUUAGUAGAGACCUCAAAUGAUCCGCCCGCCUCGCCUCCCAAAGUGUUGGGAUUACAGGUGUGAGCCACUGUGCCCAGCCAUGUGUUUAGACUUUUAACUAAUCUCUUUUUUAGCUUCAAGCCUUAUCCUCCGCCUCUACAGACCACUCCUGUGCCUGUUUCCUGGUCCUUCCAAGGGCCAUUGUAUUCCCUGUCUGCUGCUCCUCUUUUGGAUUCUCCUGCACAUUUGUUUGUUCAUGCAUUCAUUCAUUUAUUGUUUGAUUCAUGACAGGGUCUUGCUUUGUCUCCCAGGCUGGUGUGCAGUGGUGCGACCACGGCUCACGGCAGCCUCAGCCACCCCAGAUGUAAGCGAUCUGGUUCCCACCUCAGCCUCCCGAGUAGUGUCUUCAGGCCUAUGGAGAGCAGCUUGCGUGGGCUGGGCCUGCAGUACCUGGUUUGCAUAGAUGACUGGCAGGUAGAUCUAGGAUCCGGCUUCCAACAUGUGGCAGCUCUGGGCCUCCCUCUGCUGCCUGCUGGCGUUGGCCGAUGCCCGGAGCAGGCCCUCUUUCCAUCCCCUGUCGGAUGAGCUGGUCAACUACGUCAACAAACGGAACACCACGUGGCAGGCCGGGCACAACUUCUACAACGUGGACGUGAGCUACUUGAAGAAGCUGUGUGGUACCUUCCUGGGUGGGCCCAAGCCGCCCCAGAGAGUUAUGUUUACCGAGGACCUGAAGCUGCCUGAAAGCUUCGAUGCACGGGAACAAUGGCCACAGUGUCCCACCAUCAAAGAGAUCAGAGACCAGGGCUCCUGUGGCUCCUGCUGGGCCUUCGGGGCUGUGGAAGCCAUCUCUGACCGGAUCUGUAUCCACACCAAUGCGCACGUCAGCGUGGAGGUGUCGGCGGAGGACCUGCUCACCUGCUGUGGCAGCAUGUGUGGGGACGGCUGUAAUGGUGGCUAUCCUGCUGAAGCUUGGAACUUCUGGACAAGAAAAGGCCUGGUUUCUGGUGGCCUCUAUGAAUCCCAUGUAGGGUGCAGACCGUACUCCAUUCCUCCCUGUGAGCACCACGUCAACGGCUCCCGGCCUCCAUGCACAGGGGAGGGAGACACCCCCAAGUGUAGCAAGAUCUGCGAGCCUGGCUACAGCCCGACCUACAAACAGGACAAGCACUACGGAUACAAUUCCUACAGCGUCUCCAAUAGCGAGAGGGACAUCAUGGCCGAGAUCUACAAAAACGGCCCCGUGGAGGGAGCUUUCUCUGUGUAUUCGGACUUCCUGCUAUACAAGUCAGGAGUGUACCAACACGUCACCGGAGAGAUGAUGGGCGGCCAUGCCAUCCGUAUCCUGGGCUGGGGAGUGGAGAACGGCACACCCUACUGGCUGGUUGCCAACUCCUGGAACACUGACUGGGGUGACAAUGGCUUCUUUAAAAUACUCAGAGGACAGGAUCACUGUGGAAUCGAAUCAGAAGUGGUGGCUGGAAUUCCACGCACCGAUCAGUACUGGGAAAAGAUCUAAUCUGCCAUGGGCCUGUCCUGCCAGUCCUGGGGGAGUUUUCCCUGAAUACAGUCGGAUGGGGGCGAGAUGGGGGUAGAAAUGCAUUUUAUUCUUUGAGUUUACAUAAGAUACAAGUUUUAGACAGGGUCUGAAGGACUGGAUUGGCCAAACAUCAGCCAUCAGACCUGUUUUCCAAGGAGACACAUCCCAAGUCCUGGCUACAUCCCAGCCUGUGGUUACAGUGCAGACAGUUAGGCCAUGUGAGCCACUGCUGCCAGCACACAGCAUCCUCCCCCUGUAGACUAGUGCUGUAGGGAGUACCUGCUCCCCCAGCUAACUGUGGCCCCCUCCCCGAUCCAUCCAUCUCCAGGGAGCAAGACAGAGACCCAGGAAUGGAAAGCAGAGUUCCUAACAGGAUGAAAGUUCCCCCAUCAGUUCCCCCAGUACUUCUAAGCAAGGAGCUUUCCACAUUUGCUACAAGAUCAGAGGAGAGAUGGUGUUGGGAGCCCUUUGGAGAACGCCACAGUCUCCCAGGCCCCCUGCAUCUACCGAGUUUGCAAUGUCACAUCCUCUCUGAUCUUGUGCUCAGCAUGAUUCUUUAAUAGAAGUCUUCUUUUUUGUGCACUCUGCUAAUCAUGUGGCUGAGCGAGUCGAACAGCUGGGAGACCUGUGCUAGUUUUACAGAUUGCCUCCUAAUGACGCGGCUCAAAACGAAACCAAGUGGUCAGGACUUGUUUCUGACCCACUGAUCUCUACUAUCACAAGGAAACUAGUUUAGGAGAAACCAGCUUUUACUGUGUUUUAAAAACUACAGCUUCACCCUAUCAAGUUAACAAGGAAUGCCUGUGCCAAUAAAAGGUUUCUCCUUCAACUUGAAGUCAACUCUGAUGGGAUCUCAGAUCCUUUGUCGCUGCCUAUAGACUUAUAGCUGCUGACUAUCCUUGUCCCUGCAGAGAAUCACGUCCUGGAACUGCAUGUUCUUGCAACUCUUGGGACCUCAUCUUAACUUCCUGCUGCCCCAGCCAUGUUUUCAACCAUGGCAUCCCCCCCCCUUAGUUCCCUGUCAUCCUCAUCAACCUUCUCUGUAAGUCCUUGGUAAGCUUGCCCUUGCUUAAGAACAACAUAGCUGUGCUCUGUUUUUGUUGUUGCUGAGACAGAAUCUCACUCUCUCCCAGGCUGGAGUGCAGUGGCGCCAUCUCGGCUCACUGCAACCUGCUGCCUCCUAGAUUCAAGCGAUUCUCCUGCUUCAGCCUCCCGAGUAGCUGGGAUUACAGGCACUCACCAACAUGCCUGGCUAAUUUUUGUAUUUUUAAGUACAUACGGAAUUUCACCAUGUUGGCCAGGCUGGUUUCAAACUCCUGGCCUCAGGUGGUCUGCCUGCCUCAGCCUCCCAAAGUGUUGGGAUUACAGGCAUGAGCCACUGAGCCGGGCCUGUAUUUUUUAUCAGCCACAAAUCCAGCAACAACCUGAGGAUUCAGCUCAUCAAACAGGCCUGGUGUCUUGGUGAUCUCACACAACCAAGAUGCUAUCCCGUGGAGAACCACAUCCCCCUGGAUGCCCUCCAGUCUUGGUUUGGGCUGGAGUCAGAGCCUGUAUACAGGAUUUUGAAUUUGUAUGCCACUGGUUUGCAUUGCUGGUCAGGAACUGUAGUGCUUUGCAUAGCCCUGGUUUAGAAUCAUGUUACAGCAGUUCUUGGUGUAGAGGAAACUAGAAGAACCAGCAGUCAUUCCACUGUCCUGCCAACGUACACCUCAGUACUCCCCUUCCCAACUGAGGUGGUAUGGGGCUAGCUCUUUCCAAAAACAUUGAAGUUUGGCUUCUGAUGUGACCCAGAAGUUAGGAACCAGAAGCUACAUCAAAUAAGCUUUGAAAAUCUGAGGAGCAUUGUAGGAAAGGUUUGUUAUGCUCAUCAUGGCACUCAAGAGAUGCUUAAAGGUUACCAAAGCCACAAAUUCAUAACCACUUAUUCUUCCAGUUUCAACUAGAAUAUAUUCAUAACCUCAAUAAAGUUCUACUUGCUCCCAAA